UCUACAAAUAGAUGGUUUUGAACUUUGAAACAGUACUACUCUACAACAACACCUCUCUCUCUCUCUCUUUGUUUUUUCAAUGUCGUUUUGAUAAGGUUAUGGCAUGCUUAGACAUGUACAACUCCGAUCACAAAGGCCACCACCACCACCACCAUCUUCUUCAUCAUAACUAUGCACCAGUGAGCCCAAGAAUCUCAUUCUCCAAUGACUUCGCGGAUUCACAACACGUCAUCAGGCAAGAACUACGGGCCGCCUCCAGAUCAGAAGAAGCUCCGCCUGUUUCGUCGGACUUCGAAUUCUCGGUCACCAACCACUCCAUGAUGAGUGGCGCCGACGAGCUUUUCUUCAAAGGAAGACUCUUGCCUUUUAAGGAAACAACGACGUCGUCGUCUUCUCAGAGAACAACCACCACUCUCAGAGACGAGCUUCUUGCCGGAGAUGAAGAUGACGUCACUCUCCGACCGUCGAAGGGUACUGGGUCGACCCGGUGGAAAUCCUUUCUGGGCCUUAAGAAGGCCCACAAUGGGUCCAACUCCAAGAAGCUUCAGCCUGAAGCUGCUUCUUCUUCUGCUUCUCUUGUCCAUCUUAACAAGACCUCUUCACAGGAUUUAUUGAAUAUUAAUGAAGGAGGGUCUACAUGCCAAGAUGUUGAGAUUGGAAUAUAGCACCAUUGGUUCUUUGGGGGGUGAUAUAAUAUAAUUUAUAUUUUUUUUAUUAGAAGCCUUUUGGAGUGAGGAACUUUUUUUUCCUUUUAUUUUAAGAGGAAGGUUAAGGUUGAUUUCUGUUUUUAAUUAAUUACCAGAAUUUUCUAUAAUAUUUUAGAGAGGGGGUUGUCAAAUGUGUUAAAGCUAAGAAGGGUUUGGUCUUAGGAAAAGUAAUUAUCAAUUCCAUCUUUGUAUUGGUGUUUUUGGCUGUUCACUGUACAAAAAUGUUUGCAGUUGAAGAACUUCUUUUUCUUUUGAUUAUUAGUAUUAAAUCAUUUUUCUUCU